AUGUUGGAAGAUCUACAGAAGAAAAAGAAAGUGAAAUCCAAGCAAGAUCAGCUCGCGAGUUCUUUCAACAUUGUGCGACAAAUACAGAUGGAAACAGACCCCGAUGAGUUGCUUGAGAUAUACAACGCCUUGAAGAACGAGACAAACGUCGAUCAUGAGAACUUAGCUGUUCUAUCAGCUCAAGUGGCGCUGUUUAAUCGGUUCGCAUUUUUAGCAGCGCGCCAAGACGGACACAGGCUCACCAGUGAUGACCGUGUCGUGGCUGCCACAGAACACUUUGCCAAUAUUAUCAGAUGGAAGAGUAAACUGUGUGAGCCCACUCAUUUGGCAACUACUGUCCAUGGUAUUGCAACUCUUGGACUCAAUGAUAUUUCAUAUUUUAUUCACUUUGAAAGAGAAAUCAAGAGUCGUGAUCCCACUUUGUUCACAAAUGCUGACCUUGCAAUGAUUCUCUGGGCUUAUGGUAAAGCACAGUUCCGUGCAAAGCACCUUUACAAAAUUAUUAGGAAUGAAAUAAUGGCGAGGGAUUUGUCGACUUUUAAGGUCAAGGAAAUCUGCCAAUUUUUGUGGUCUUAUGCACGGACACUGGAAAAAGGUGCCAAGCUUUUUGCAGUCUUAAGGGAAGAAAUAUUGAGACGUGAUUUGACAGAAUUUGAGGAAAGGUCACUAACUAUCAUCCUCUGGUCAUUUUCAGAAGUUGGAUUGAAUGUGAAACCUCUUUUCAGGUGUAUUAAGCAGGAAAUUUUGCAGCGAGGG